GGCGUAGUCGCUUUUAAAUUUCGACAUCGAAAUGAAAUAGAAUCAGGGCCACGAACAUGAACGUACCGUAACCUUACUUUUAAUAAAGUAUCAAUAAAUUAUGUUUUAUAUUGAUUUUAGUAAUUAAUACUUAUUAUUGUAAUUUUUUAACAAUGGCAUACUCUCAAAAGCACAGUGGACGAAUUUUAGUACCAUACUUCAACAAAGCCGAAUGGGAGUACGUAGCGAGAUGUUUAAUUUGUAAAUCAAACCAUAAGUUAAUAAAAGCGCUGGGUAUAAUACAAAUAUGGAAACAACGAACGCCGAAACUUCCUGCUGGUAUUGAAGGGACACUUAUUAUAUUAGAGGCCAUGCUCAUGGAUGAAUCUAAUAUCCCCGAAAAUUUGCUGGUCAGAGAAAGAGCGGGUGCCUUGACAACGUUUCUAAAUGUGGCUGUUCACAACGAUAAACAAGGUAGCUUUAAUAAAAUCGUGUCAAAAUCCUUUUCAAAGUGGGUAAUAGAUAUGAGGCACGAUUUUUGUCAUGGGAUGAAUGAAACAUCAAAUGAUAAUGUGAAAGUUGCACUGAAUUUAUGCUUUGAAUGGAUUCUGGAUGAAUAUUGGAAGAAAGCGAACAAUCUGAAGGAUUAUACUUUGGAAGAUAUUGCAGAGACUAAUAUUAUUGAUUGUUUGAAUAUGUAUAUUAAGCUCACUCUUGAUAUAUACGAAGGAGUGACAAUGGGAGAAGAGUUUGAACGUUUAAUGAACAAGGCAAAUUAUUUAGCUAAAAGAUACAAUUCAGAAACAUUAGAUCCUGCAGGUCUCCAUAUAGUUCUUGAAGAAACUUUAAAUCAAGAAUUAUUGAAUCCUAACAGUAAAAAAUUGAGUAUGAAAGUGGCUGAAGUAUUAGUUGAUAACAAGGCUUUGUUUCAUGUGCAUUUGAAAAAGGAUGAUAUAGCCCAUGUAACAGUAAUCCCCAAACCAUUCAAAGAUUUAUGGACAAAUUUGUUAAACCUACUUUUCGAUCAUGGAUUCCUAGAGCAUGUUCUAGAUAAACUUUUGGAAGAGAGCUCUAGUUGUGUGAAAGACAUGGCAAUAGCAUUGUCUUGCCGUUGGCUGUGCCAUAUUCUAGAUGGGCUAAUUAAACUAAAAAGCAUUGAAGAGUUCAAAAAUACUAUUCAGCUACAGAAUAUGACUGAUUUGGAUGUUCAACUAGCAGUAAUGAACUUUAAGGCCAAAAUAGAGGAAGAUACGCCAGCGUUUAGGGAUUGUAUCGAAUUUAACUCCAGCCAAGGAUUCAAUACUUUGAACCUGGUUAACUUAGAGAGGAGGAUGUGCAAAAAGCCUAACAAACAGUACAUUGAGUUUGUUGACAAAGUGUUGACGCUAAACGGAUACAACACAGAAUAUAUCAAUUUCAUGAUGCUAUUGCUUCGACAACAGUUCAGUAAUAAUUGUGUGGUUCCAUUCAAACUUAAACGUGAUAUUUAUUCAAUUAAAGACUUGACAAAUGAUUUGGAACAUAUAGAACGGAUGGAUGUGGAUGAAUCCGAGAAUGACGAUAACCACAGAGACAAUACAGAUGUAGAGAUUGUCGAAGCGAUCAGUCACGGAGGCAGAUGGAAAAGAGUCACAAAUAUUUCCAAGUAUAAGAAUUGCCCACUCGGUAUAGGUCCUAAUCAAAAUGCCAAUAUUAAUCCUCAUAUAUCUAUGGAUUAAAAAAAUCAUCCAAUCCACGUGUAAAGGUUUCUUUCUUAUAUAAAUUAUAUUAAUUUAAAUAUUUUGUAUUCUAUAGAUUAUAUAUAGCUAAUUUGUAAAAGUUUUAUUAAAUAAAAUAGUUGUUACG